AUGGCAACACCUAACUUUCCAUUCAUCGCCGGACGUAGAAAUAUAGCGAAUAUAAGUCAACGCUACAACACUUUCGAAAGCAAUCUACUACAUGAGAUGCAUCUUCGCAGGCAUACAAAAGAGGUUCAUCGCCUCAGCACUAAACGGAAUUACUACGCCAGAGAAGAUACGGGAUCGGACAUUGAUACCGAUUGA